UUGUUUACUGGCAUUAGGGUUAGUCCAGAAGCUGCCGCAGAACUUGAAAAAUUCCGUGAUAAAAUAAAAGCCAACAAGCAAUUUUCACACUGGACUCACGUCAAAGAUUUUCAUGUAACAUUACAAUUCUACGGAAACGUCGAAGAAUCUAAAAUUCCAGAAUUAGAAGAAGUUCUCUCCAAAGUUGCAGAAAACAACUCUCCUUUUGAUCUUUUUACAUCAAUUCCACAAACAUUUGGAGGAAAAACGAGACCGCAUGUUCUUUUCAUCGCUCCUGAUGGAGACUGUCAAGCAUUGCAGAAGCUUGGCAAAGAGAUACAAACAUCUUGUUCCGAAAAAUUUGGAUUUAAGAAAGAUCAAGUUUAUAAUCCUCAUAUUACAAUCGGGAAAAACUACAAAUCUAGAGCACCUUUUAUAGAACCAGUAGAAGCAGAUUUCCCACAAAAAAUAUCAUUCAAAGUCACACAAUUCGAUUUAUUGUUAUCAGAUCCUUCAGCUGAACCAAGAUAUCAUACUGUUAAGACUUUUGAAUUAUCUGGAAACGAAAAUCUCAUUGAACAGCCGAAAGAAGAAGUUUCUAAUGAAGAAUCUCCUAAAAAUUAA